UCGGGGGCGGCAAGCGGGGAUACUCCGGGGCCCGAGACACGAGACACGAGACCCGAGACCGGGCCGCCUCUGGCCCUGCUGGCUGGGGAAGGUGGGGGCUGGAAGGCAACCCCCGCGGAUGCUCUGCACCUGGAAAGAGCUCGGCGCCGCCAGUGCCGCCUCCGAGACGCGGGCUCUCCCGGGGCCUCCAAGACGCUGCGCUGAGUUGGUCACGUGUCCCGGAAUGGCUGCUUAAAAACAAAAGCUUGGUCUGCACACAUGAGUCUCUUGCGUCGAGGGGCAGAGGCCUCUUUUCUCUGGUGGACAUGCAUGCAAAUGCCAAUACCCUGAAAAACCAGCCUUUAUUUUGUAUGCUUCCGGUGCGGUUCAUUUCCAGCUGUUUGAGCCUCAGAAGGCAGGAGGCCAAAGGUCUCCUUGCUCAGCAGUUUCUUGGGGUUGUUCUGGUACCUGAUCGGGAUGAUUGAAGUGGUUUGCAACGAUCGGCUGGGCAAGAAAGUGAGAGUGAAGUGCAACUCUGACGACACCAUUAGGGACUUGAAAAAGCUCAUUGCUGCGCAGACUGGCACGCGGUGGGACAAGAUCGUGUUGAAGAAAUGGUAUACAAUUUUCAAGGACCAUGUUUCAUUGGCAGACUAUGAAAUUCACGAUGGCAUGAACCUAGAACUAUAUUAUCAGUAGCUUCAUUGUGGCAGAUGCUGCCUUUUCUAUGUCUGUUUUUUUCAUUCUUUGUUUCUUAUUUGACAAACUCUUUAUUAUUUGGUUGCAUGAGGUUCAGUUAAGAGUAUUUUAUUCCUGAGCGCAAUAUAACAGGAAUGAAUACCGGGGAACUUGUAUUCAGACUGUCUUUUAUUGUUUUGGUUUUUUUUAGAAUCUUUAUAAUAAACGUGACCUGAUAUGUGA